CUUGAGUGGGCUAUAAAGAAGGAAGCAUCAUCUUCCAUCCGUUAUGGAGCUCAAACUGGAUCCGAAAGCACCACGAACGCCGCCUCCUUCUUCUGUUGAUAUCAAUUGCAUUGACUCUACACCAUCCACCACCUAGUCACCAUCAACCACAUCUCUAUCAUGCUUCUGGGUACUCUCAGCUGCCUGUAUAUGAAUACUCUCACCCACCUGUCCCUGGGUUUGAAUACUCUCACCCACCCGACCCUGAGUAUGAAUACUCUAACCCACCUGACCCUGAGUAUGAAUACUCUCACUCUGCUCCUGGGAAAGGAUACUCUCAUCCACCUGCUCCUGGGUAUGGAUGCUCUCAUCCACCUGCUCCUGGGUAUGGAUGCUCUCAUCCACCUGCUCCUGGGUAUGGGUACUCCCACCCACCUGCUCCCGGGUAUGGAUACUCUCACCCACCUACUCCUGGGCAUGGGAGUCAUCGCCUACCUACUCCUGGGCAUGAAUAACCUCACCCAACGGCCCAUGGGUACUCCCAUUCACCUGUUCCUGGUCAUGGGAUUCCUCUGGCACGUAUUCCUGGAUUGGCAAUUCCUGAGAACGGUUCAUCAAGUCCUGAGUUAA